CAAAAGGUACGUUAAACAAGCUCCCGAGCACAAUAGAUGGAUAGCAUCUCGAUGCUGCAGCACGUUCAUUCAUCUCGAUGUUCAGUAUCCACACGGUUUUCCUCUGCACAACUACUGCUGAUUCGAAAUACCUCAGCGCUCAACGAAAGUGCGAAAUGAAUACCUGAAAUCGAACGCAUUCUGCAGUAGUCAAAUAUUUGAUAACCGAUAAGAGCUAAUCAAAUCACCAUUAAAAUACAUACGUUUGUUGUGUUAGUUCGAUUCAUUGAAAUGUAUAGCUUCAAAUUCCUUUUCGUGAGCCUAUCCUGUAUUAUCACCACAAAUAGCCAAUUCCAAAAAGUUCACAGCGAAGCCCUUACCGAUAAACUCGUUUCUACGAAAGAAAUGGUCAACUCAACAACGCCGUCAUAUGAACUACAGGAAUAUUCAAAUAGUACUGAUAUAAAAUGGUCUGAGUGGUCGACUUGGUCCAAAUGCCGAAAAUGUGUUCAGAAACGAAUGAAGAUUUGUUUGCAACCUUCCUGUGAUUUCACUAAAGUAUAUCAGGAGAGACAGUGUAAAAAGAAAAAAUGCAUGCGUAAGAAGAAGAGAAGAAAAGACGAUUUUCAUGUGGUGUUACGAGAGAAGAAAAUGUCUCCCAAGACUGUGGAUCCAUCGGUUUGGGGUUCAUGGUCAGAAUGGUCAACGUGUAAUCAUAAUUGUAGAACUUAUAGAAAAAGAUACUGCAGAAAAAGAGGACGAUGCAAGAAGAGGAGACAAGUUCAAAAUGCCUAUUGUUAUCGUGGUCAAACAGAGUGUGAAAUUUACGUUUACAAUUUGAUGCAAGCCGAAGAGCAAGCAUCAGAUGGCAAACUGUAUACUCUUCAAGACAAGACUGUUCGCAAAAGACGAUUGAUGAGCAGUGAAUCAAAUUGCGGUCUGCAAUACAAAAAGACUUUCAUGCUGAAAAUUAUAGGAGGAAGUGAAUCUCCAAGAUAUAAAUGGCCAUGGCAUGUAGCACUCAUCAAUCAAUAUGGUGAAGUCUUUUGCGGCGGCACUCUUAUAGCAUCUGAAUGGGUCUUAACAGCGAGUCACUGUAUUCGCAACUUUCUCAUAGUCCGCCUUAACGAACACGAUCUCACUUUCACCGAAGGAAGAGAACUAGAAAUGUUCGUCUCUAAGUCCUAUCAACAUCCCGAAUUUAAUCAAAGAACUGUUAAUGGUGAUAUAGCGCUACUACAACUCCCCUUUUCCGUCAAAACACCAAUAGCUUGUUUGCCUAGCAGAAGACCGAGGCCUAGGGAGCUCUGCUCAGUUAUGGGUUGGGGUAAAACGAGAUCUUCGGCAACACGUGGUGUGACGAGGCUUAGGGAAUCGAAGAUUCCGAUAGUCAACAAAGAAAUCUGUAAAUGGGCCUACAAGGAGUUAAGUAUAACAGAAAAUAUGCUUUGUGCUGGGUGGCGUUCUGGAAAAUCCGAUACUUGUGCGGGGGACAGUGGCGGAGGUCUACUGUGUACACGACAUACAAGCAAUACAGAAGAAACCUACGAGAUUCAAGGAAUUACCAGCUUUGGUAAAGGAUGUGGCAGAAGAAAUAAGUAUGGAAUAUACACUUUGGUGUACAAUUAUCUUGAUUGGAUCGAGUAUAUAAUGGCCAGAUACAGUACGACGUGAUAUUCGCUUUUUUAUGAAUCAAUUCUGCAAAUAAUUGGUAGUUCAUCACAAAUUUCUAGCACCAAAUUUGCUACUAUGUUAUACUCAAUUCAGAACUAGCACUAUAGUUCGAUUUCUAUGACAUUUUGACUAAGAGCUUCCAUAAAAGAUGAAGAAAUAUUCAUAUCCUUGAAUAAGCUGGUAUAAUUGACUAGAGGUAAAAGAGAGACCUUAAACCUUUUUCAUAUUCAUUAUUUCUGACAUUCAUGAACUUUAGUUAGUAAUUUGUAUAUAUUCAAUAUAGGUAUUAAAAUGAACAUAAAAUGAAGUAAUUGUAAAUAUAACAUAUAAGGACAUUGCACUUCUCUUUUGAAUAAAUGAACGUAAUCCAAAAUUAGUAUUUGAAUGAAUAAUAAGAAAUAACAAAUA